AUGUUGCAACGGGCUGUCAGAAUGUAUUGUGUAAAGGGUAUGAGGGAGUUUAAGGUUGAUGACUCAAACAGAUCGGUAUGGAGGCUGAUUUGUAGGCGACAUACUCAAGGCUGUCGGUGGUUGCUUCGGGGAAUUGCUAAGCCGGAUGGUCUGUGGGAAAUCACAAAAUUCCACCCGAAGCACACUUGUGAUAUGGGACAAAGUCGAGCAGAUCAUUGUAAUCUAGAUAUAAACAUGAUUGCUCAUGUGUUACUUAAACACAUUGAGGAAACUCCAAGGAUGCCUAUCAAAACUUGUAUUAGCAUGGUCCACUCAAAAUAUGGUAAAAUCAUAAGCAAGAGAAAGGGAUUUCUCGGGCGUCGACGUGCUUUUGAAAUGAUCUUUUGGGCAUUCAAACCAAGUAUUGAUGGUUUUGCUCACUGCAAGAAUGUGAUAUCGAUAGAUGGGACCCAUGUGUAUGGCCGAUAUGACAUUAAGCUCCUAAUUGCAGUAGGUAUGGAUGCCAAUGGGUCAAUAUUCCCUCUUGCUUUCGCAAUUGCCGCCAACGAGAGCAACGAGACAUGGGGGAUGUUCUUGACUCAUCUACAAACUCAUGUUAUUAAGGGUCGUCAGGGCAUAUGUGUCCUAUCGGAUCGUCAUAAAGGCAUAUUGCACAAUAUGCGUACUCUGGAAGGGUGGCAGCCUCCACAUGCUUACCAUCGAUAUUGCUUAAGGCACUUAAAGGUUAAUUUGCAAACAAAGUUUGAAAAUGGCACUGUAAACAAAUUGAUGUAG